UUUCACGAAAUAUUCGACAAAAUCAUAUUUCUUUUUUUGUCGUAAAUUUAUAUUAUUUUAUAUCACAAUAUGUAUCAAUUAUAUUUAUUAUUCUUCAUGCAUUUAUGUUAUAAAAUAAAUGCGUUUUUUCUAAGCAUGAUACAACAUCAAAAGGAGAACAUACGAAUAUAUGAGAGAUUUCAAAGGUUUGACUAUACAACCUAUUAAUGCUAUUUAUUUUACUCACACUAGAACUAUUGUUAUAUGUACGCGUGAAAAAGCUAUAUAUAAAUACGAGUUUAUACAUCGAUACGAUAAAUGCAUUGAGUGAUAGAGAUAAUGUUUCUCGCAUGUACCUUGCAAUUCAUAUUUUGUCCAUACUUGUUGCUGAUCACAUGCUUCGAGCGAAAAUUGAUUGAACGAUCUUAAAACGUGAGAUAAUUUUUGCUUUGUUAUUACAAUCAUAAAUUAGGACAUAACAAAAAUCACUAUUUUCACGUUCUUAUCAGAGAAUAUUAUGUAUCUUAUCAUUUAACAAAGAUAUUCAGGUUUUUGAGUUAUGUAAAUACGUAUGUCAGUAUAUUCGAGGUCGACUUGCGGUUUCCUUUGACUCAACGUUAGUAUUGUUUUUUCCGUUGUUCAACAAAUUCUGAAGCAUAUAAAAAGAGGAUGGCACAUAAAUCGACUUUAGUUUCUACGAUAAAUAGUUGUCAUAUUGUAUCGUAUAAUAGAGACAAAAGUUCGAGAAUUAAUGGUUAUUAAGAAGUUUUGAAAAUUAUCGUCAAACGAAUUUUUUGUCUCGUUGAAAUAAAAAACAAAACGUAUUAUAGUUAUAACAAUUGUUAUAAAAAAAAAAAAAAAAAAACAACAAAAAAUAAUUGACAUUUGUUUAUUUUUAAUAACUUUUAUUAGAAAAAAAAAAAAAAACAUAUCGACCAUCUCUAAGUUCUUAUCGAAUAAUUAGUUCGAUAAGAAAACAAUGGCGCAGAGUGUUAAUAAAAAAGUAUGCAUAGUUGGCGCAGGCGCAGCUGGCUUAUGCGCGGCUAGACAUUUGGCGGGAGAUACAAAUAUCGAAAUGACGGUAUUUGAGCAAACCGGUGACGUUGGUGGUACUUGGGUAUAUAGCGAUAGAAUUGGUUUAAAUGAAAAUGGUUUACCAAUUCAUUCGAGCAUGUAUAAGAAUUUAAGAACAAAUUUACCUGCAAAAGUUAUGAAUUUUCCUGAUUAUAUGAGAAUGAAUGCGCAGGAACCAUGUUGUAUAUCUCACAAUGAAAUUUUAUCUUAUUUACGUAAUUACACGGAACACUUUCAACUACGUAGGUACAUACAGUUUUACAUAAAAGUUGAAAAUAUACGUCCAAUUAAGUUGGAUAAUAGCAACGAAGAGAAAUGGUUGGUACGUGUUAAACAAUUAAAUAGUCAACGUACGGAGGAGUAUCGAUUCGAUGCAGUUAUGAUUUGUAAUGGACAUUAUUUCGAACCAUAUAUACCUGUUAUAAAAGGUAUGGACACUUUUCCAGGUAUAGUAAUGCAUAGUCAUUCAUACAGAAAACCAGAAGAAUUUAAAGAUAAAAUUGUAUUAAUUUUGGGUGCUGCAUCUUCUGGUAUCGAUAUUGGAAUCGAUUUAACUGAUCAUUCCUCUAUCGUUUACCUAAGUCAUAAUCAAGAGAGGUUCACGAGCGUAUUCCCAUCUAACAUGAUACAAGUCGUUGGAGUUGAUAGAUUGGAGGGAACGAAAUGUUUCCUAAAAGAUGGAACUUCUGUUACCAUUGACGUAUUUCUUUAUUGUACUGGAUAUCAAUACAGUUUUCCUUUCUUAGACGAAAGUUGUGACGUCAAAGUCGAUGAUAAUUACGUAACGCCAUUGUAUAAGCAUCUUAUUAAUAUAGAACAUCAAACAAUGGCUAUUAUUGGUAUACCUUCACAAAUUAUACCUUUUCCUAUGUUUCAUAUGCAGGUACAAUAUUUCUUGAGUCUUAUAAAAAAUCGUCUUGUUUUACCUUCGAAAUCUCAAAUGCUCGAAGAUUCGAAAUUAAAAGCCUCGAAGAAAAGACACGCACAUAAGAUGAUGACCGAGCAAUGGGAAUAUAAUGAUUCGUUGGCAGAUGCAGGAGGAUUCGAUCGACUUCCACCAUUUUAUAAAGUUGGUUAUCUUGCAUGGCAUUCACAGAUAAAGGCUAAUCUUUUGCGUUACAAAUACGCUAAAUUUGUUAUAUCCGAGGAUGGGAAAAAUGUGGAACUCGUCUUAUCUAAUUGACAAUAUUAAACAAUCGUAAAAUUACGUAUUUUAUAUAUAUAUAUAUAUAUAUAUAUAUAUAUAUGUAUAUAUAAACAAUACCAAUAAUUUUGAUAUAUAUCUGUAUCAAUAAAUAUAUUCUUUAAGAUCAUCGAUAUAGAUAAUGAUAUUUUCUGUCAUUUUUCAUCAAGUUUCAUAUUAAUCCUUUUCAGUUUGUUUUUUUAUCCAAUCACGAAGUAGAAUAGCAUCAGUAUAAAUACCAGGCUUACCUGGUCUUGCACAUCCAUCACCCCAUGAUGUUAAACCAAUUAAAACAUGAUCCAUAUUCACCAUUGGUCCACCUGAAUCACCCUAAGUGCAAACGAUAUAACGAAUUAUAAUCAUCGUUCGAAUAUUUUUACUUAAAUAAAAUUAUUAUGUUUCUUACUUUACAAGCAUCCUUUCCUCCAUUACGAAAUCCAUAACAUACUUGUGUAUCAGAUAUUUUUUGUUCAUUUGCAUAAUCAUUUUUACAUUCGUCUUUUUGUACUUUUGGUAAUAUAACGAAUUGUAAUUGUCUGGAGAGAACCGGAUCGAAGUUCUUGUAAUUAUAAAUUAUAUUGAAAAUUAUUAAUAAUAUUAAUUAAUAUAUAAAAUUGAAUAUAUAAACAAAAUUUUUAUUAUUACUAUUUUCUUACCAGAAAGUAUCCCCAACCAGCUACCAAGCCAAAAUCAAUGUAAGUCGAUUCAUCCUUCGCUAUAGUUAAUGAUUGUGUAUUAUUAUCAUAUUUGAAUGGUGGAUUCACUUUUAACAUCGCGAUGUCGUAAUCGUUUGUAUCAGGAUUAAAACUUUCAUGAAUAGUUAUUUUUGUUACAUUAUGAAUGACACCACCUUCGUCUUCGUAAGAAGAUCCGCUACGAACUUGAACAUCACGUAUACGAUUGACGACUCUACAAGUUGAUAUUUAUUUUAGUAUAAGAUUUUUUAUUUUUCUUUUAAUUUAUGUCAUUAUUUAAAUUUACUCUUGGGCACAAUGUCCGGCUGUUACAACCGAAUACUCGUCGAUAAUACCACCACCACACAUGUGUUGACCUUUCAACAUCAUCGAGAUCUAAAUGAUAUUAUUCGAUUAAUUAAUCGAUCAGAUUAACAAUAUUUUUAUUUAUAUAUUUUAAUUUUUAUUUAUAAUAAUUUUCUUAAAUUUAUGAUAUCUUACCAUGAAUGGAAUUGACGUGAUAUUUAUAAAUGCACCUCCAACAAUUCUGUUCGAUGAUCGAAGAUUCAUUUUCUAUCAAUAGUAUAAAAUUGUAAUAUAUACGAAAAGUAUAUUUCAAAGAUUAUACAAUUUAUUGCUAUUACUUUUUCUUUUUCCUUUUUUCUUUCUUUUCUUUUUUACAUUUUUUUAAUAUUAUCACGAAGGCGAAACGACUCGAAGCGUUUAAAUGAUAUUUCCUUAAAGAACUUCCAAUGAAUUUUAAUAGAGUUUUGAGGUAUAAGCAAAUUUAUACAAAAAAAUUAUCUUUUUCCUGAUAGUUAUUUAUUUUCAGUAAACAAUUUUAGCGAUAAAGCUACAAUGUUUUAUGAAAAUAACCCUGACGUUGCUUUUUUUUCCCCAAAAUGUGACCUUUAACAAUUCUUAAGUUCGAUAACAAUAA